AUGACGGCGGGUCUGAUGCGUCAUUUCUCGCGCACCAAGGCGCAUCGUGAUUCAAUGUUUAGAAACCUCGUUUCACAGCUCUUUCAGCACGGGUCCAUCGUUUCUACGCAUGAGAAGUGUCUGGAAGCGAGUCGGAUGGCUGACCGUGUCAUCACAAUGGCGAAGAAGUUGAAACAUCACCCAAACUCCGCCAUGGAGAUUCAAUCCCGACUGUCACUCGCUGGCGAUAACAGUAAGCUUUUGAGCCGCGUCGUGGGCGAACUUGCUCCCCGGUACAAGCAGAGGCCUGGAGGCUACACCAGAGUGCUCAAGCUUGAACCACGCUUGGGAGAUCGUGCCAAGCAAAGCGUUCUCGAAUUGGUUGAUACACCUGUUGUAGAUGCUGCAGGCGCGCUGCAGCGUGGUGACAUCAAACUAUGGCUGCUGUGCAAGACUACGAUUCAGAAUGAGAGCAAGUCAGUCGGAUACUCACAGCUUACACUACGAAACUUUGCUAAGAUGCUCAAGUUCAGGAAAAACUCUCAUACGUUUUUCACAAACGAUGUUUUAGCCGUCAGAAAGUUCAUCAAGCAAGAGCAAGGACUCGACUGGGACGAGAAACAUGAACUCAAACUCGUGAAACAGCUUAAGAAACAGGUUCUCAACGAACAAGCUCAACCAGCACAGACGCAAACGCAACCCGAGGCUCCUGGCUACACUUACGUUCAGGAAAGACCUCAGCGCCAAAUCUGA